CAAAUUAGCAAAUGAAAAAGGUCACAUCGAGCCAAAAAAAAAAAAGAUAUUAAUAUAAUAAUACAAUGAUUUAAUGAUCAACGCUUUAACAUGAAAUAUUUCGACUCUAACUGGAGUCUUCUUCAGUCGCAAUUGUGAAAUAAUAUAAAAAAAUAUACGCAGUAUAUACAUUUAUGUCAAGAAAUAAACGAAGUCAGUGUUUAAAAGCAACGCAAAGAGUUGGCUGUUGAUAGUAAACAUGGUGUUGGAGAUGACAUUUAGGAUGCCAGAUAGUCAGACUCCAGAAUAUUUACAUUGCGAGCGUUUCUGUUAAUUUAUUACAUUUUUUCUUUAUAGUUUUUAUUUUCUGCAGAAUUUUCCAACGUGUUCAGUCACUUUAUAAAGUGUUCGACAAUGUUGUAUUACAAAAAAGAAUCUUGACAUAUAUUCACCUGUAGUAACGAGACUGAUAAUCAUGGUGAUCGACGCUUUGAGAUGGGACUUCGUCACAGGCCCGAUUGGCAAAGCUGCCAUGCCAGUGACAAACGGAUUACUGUCCAAUUUCUCAGCGUGUUUGCUGAAAACCAAGUUACAAUCACCGACGGUAACAAUGCCUAGAAUAAAGGCAAUGAUGACCGGUACAGUGCCAAAUUUUGUAGACAUAGUGCUGAACUUUGGGAGCAAACCUCUGAACAGUGACAGUUUACUGCUCCAAGCGAAGAAAACUGGACACACACUGGUAUUUUACGGAGACGACACUUGGCUGUCUUUGUUCCCGUAUACGUUUGAGCGAUACGAUGGUACCACCUCGUUUUUUGUUACUGAUUUUACCGAGGUAGAUAACAAUGUAACUCGACAUGUGUCAGAAGAACUGGAUUAUGACGAUUGGACCGUAAUGAUCCUUCAUUAUCUCGGGCUUGAUCACAUCGGUCAUGUUGAGGGCCCGUUUAGUGCCUUGAUUAAACCCAAGCUACAAGAAAUGGAUGAAAUUAUCGCGCAGAUCAGUCGAAGAGUGCACCAAUGGAAUAACGAAGGAACACCUGUGCUGUUCGUUGUCUGCGGCGAUCACGGGAUGAAAGAUUCGGGUGGACACGGAGGAUCGACGCCGCAGGAGACGACGGUGCCGUUCAUAGCGAUAGGAGACACUCACUGCGCUCGUCAGAAAAGUGGCGAUCCGAUCGAAAUCGAACAGAUCGAUAUAGCGUCAACGCUGUCAGCCGCUCUCGGAUUACCCAUUCCCGCCACGAACAUCGGUUCUAUGUUUCUGGACAGUAUCUAUCGUCUUGACGAUGAAAAAAGACUUUUCCUACUUUACUACAACACGAGACAAGUUCUUGAACAUUAUCAGAAGCUCGCGCACUGUGAAUCGCAGAUUGAGAAUGUACGCCGGAAGUACACGGACACCGUUUACCAUCACGUUACUUGGUUGAACGCGAGCGAAAAAUCGAGCGAAGCGGUUGAGAACAUCGUUUCGUCUUACAAUGCAAUUCUCAAGGAGAUGAAGGAAGCUCUGAUUACCAGCGUAGUCGAGUACGAUUUCCGACCGAUGAUAGUUGCCGUAAUCUUCCUGUGCCAAUUAAUCGUCAACUUGUUCUUCGUGAAAAAGUUUGCUUGGAGUACGUGCAGGAAAACCGCAUCACAUUUCUUAACGCGUUUUUUCUUACUGGGAACUGUAUUAUCCGUAGGAAUAUGUUAUCUGUACGGUUCCUCGAGCGCGUCGUCGUUCCGUUCCAUAAGUACGUAUGAGAUGGUGUUGCUCUUUCUCGUUAUCGGUGUUUUUUACACAAACUGCAAUCUGUGCGCAAGUAGCGACUUGUCUUUAACGGAGUUUACGAAAGGAUCCAGGAUACGUGGAACGUUUCAAAUCGGUGCCUUACUGCACACAGCGAGCCUUGCCAGCAGUAGCUUCAUCGAGGAGGAACAUCAGACUUGGUACUUUUUAUACGCCAGUACCGUAGCGUUCUUGCUUUAUCAUUGUUUCAGAAAACAGUUCGCGUUCAACAGAUAUGAUCUCACGAGCGUAAAGAAGACCGGAUCAAAGAUGAAUCUGAUUUGCGGCAAUUCUGGUCACGUAAAACUUAGCCUUAAGCUCUUGUUGCUGCUGAUAGGGCACCGAGUUCUUCGUGGGCUCAACAGCACCGGCGACAAAUGGGCCCAUCUGCCCGACACGGCUGACUGGUUGAAGGAGGACAGCAGCAAGAUCGGAAUGACAACGUUGCUCUUAGUUGCAUUAGGUCUUCUCGUAAGGAUCGCGUACGAGCGCGAAACGAGAUACAAACGGCUGUCGUUGAUGCUUCACCUGGCUGGGGCUACAUGCGUGUAUCUUCGCCACAUGGCAAACGGUACUGUCGCAAAGAUACCGUUUUAUUUCUCAUCAAGUGGAAUAAACGAGGUGCAAACGUUUUGGAGUAUUGCGCUGUUGAUUCUUCUGAGCUACGGUUACCGAAUGGCGUCGAUAAUUCGACACGACGGGCGACGUUUCGCGAGCGCGACGCUGUACUUUGUCGUCAGUAUUUGGGUGACGAUAUCGGCCAUGUUGCACCAACCGUACAAUGUGAUAUUAUUGCCGACGCAAAUCCUGGCACAUUCGACGAUCGACGUUGUACUGAGAGCGAGCAAUCUCUUCGAUCUCGACGUCUUUGCGCACUGCUGGCUGGGCAACGUGUUCUACUUCUAUCAGGGAAACUCCAAUAGUCUCGCGAGUGUGGACGUGGCGGCGGGAUAUGUUGGUUUGCGUUCGUACAUUCCUCUCGUGACCGGCGCGUAUCUGAUCAUCAACACUUACUCCGCGCCCGUUCUGUCCUACUUCCUGCUUAUUUAUUAUCGACAAUUGAAUCAAAUUUACUGCACGGACACCGUUGUGCGCACGAGCAGAACUUACAUCGCGUGGAGGCUGCUGACGAUUACCUUUUACAUGAUCGUCGUUACCAGCCAACGUAAUCAUCUGUUCGUUUGGUCGGUGUUCUCGCCGAAAUUGCUUUACGAGGCGAUGUACUCCGUGGUGAUGUGUUUCAGUACGUUGUUGGUGUUGAUCGUGUUAACACUCCAAGCCACGAUUGAGUCCUGAUUGCGAACGAUUGUUGAUCGAAAGCCAAAUACUAUUUAUACCAAAUACACGAUUUAAUAUGUGAUUAAAAUAUAGUGAUUUUAUUUAUAUACCGUCCAUUUCCAAAUGUUAAAUAUGAGUUUUUCGAUGUAUCUUACUUUGUACUUAAUGUACGUUCGAGAAAAAAAUUUUAACCUUCGCUUUAGAAAAAGAUACGUUUUAUUACACAAGAAAAAUUACAAAUCUGAUCGUUAACGUAAUAUUAAUGUGACAUCAUGUAUGUACAUGGAACUAAUUUAUAUACACACGCAUAUAUCGUCUCAUCUGAAGGCUGAAGAAUGUUCCGCGUUCGCGAUUAUGUGUGAAUUCUCGUACACAGAAUCAUUCUCAAAGCCACGAGAGUGUGACGAUAUUUAAUUUUCAAUACCGAAUGUUGUAAUACAAAUUAAUAAGAAUUCAAUGAAAAUACAUGUGUUACAUUAGCAAAGAACGUUUGUUUAAGAAAAAUUAUUUACAGACAACCACACUCCUCAGGUUACGGUUUUCGGACUAGUUGCUGGUGGGAAAUUCAGAAAUUCGUUUUACAUUUAAAACACGUAUCGUGCCGUAACGUGAGAGCAACCGAUGGCGCACGAAUAUAAAAAUUUUUUGACGUUUAAAUUACAUGAAAGAGCUUGCGGCACGAAACGUGUUAUUAAAUACGUACAAAAGAAAUAAAAUAUCUACAAAAAAAAAAAAAAAAUCUGUACA